AUUUUGUUUGUACACAAAGUCACGACGAAGUUGCAAAGCUGUUUUGCUUUUGGCAGUUGGAAAGGUCGUUGCUGACCUUGACGUUGCAAAUGUAUCAACUAUAAUAUCAGAGAAUUACAGUAAAAAAUGGAUGGCCUAAAUGAAGAAGACGAAGGAUUACCAGAGGUAUAUCUCAGUCCCUCGCACCAGUAUAGAGCAGACAGGAACAGUGGUCCAACUCCAAAUGAUAGCGACCAGAAUGUGUGGGAUGACAUUGAGGGGGAGACCUGGGUGCCACUAUGUCCAAAACCAGUUGAUGAUGAGACUGUUACAAGAUUGGAUAAUGACCAUCAGGCUACAUAUUCCCUUGGCAUGCGAGAGGAAAUUGAGGGCAUAUCAUCAUUAGAGUCAUCUGCAGCUGGAAGCAGUACAGUGACAAAUGCAAGUCAGUCUCACACAUUAAGUAUGAGUGAAGUUAAGGAACCUGAGAGGAUGCCAGAAGGAGCUGGGAACCAUGAAGAUGGAUCAUCUCAUUUACUGAAUGCUGAAACCAAAGUUAAGAAUGCUGCGAAAGGAGUUGUUGCCUGGUCCAGGCAGAGAGGAGAGACUCCUGGGUCUGACUGUCCUCCAGUGGCAGGUGCAGGGGCACUACCAAGAACAUUUAGACAGAACCUUAAGCUGGACACAAAUUUUCCCUCACAACAAAGUAGUGAGUUGGUUUUUUCACCUGGUGGUGAUGAAGGCUUCAUGGUUCCUGGAGGUGUUCAUGCUUAUUAUGGUAGUGGUUCAGAUACAGAGGGUCUAGAAUGGAGUAUGGGAGAAGAGUGCCAGGCUAAUAGUGUUGCUCCAUAUAGAGAUGUUGUGGAGGGGGCUGACAGUGUUACUCCAGUUCCUCAGAAUUACAGUGGUAAUGGCUCUUCAGUUGGCUUACGAGCCAUGGAACGUAAUUCUCCAGCUGGCCUAAGUACACCAGAUGCAGAUGUUGAUGUUACAGUUGCAGUAGCUAGAAGUUUAUCCAGUAGAAAAUCCAAGAAUAGCAUAAGACCUCCUGUAGUAGGCCAAAGUGAGGAACUUCUUGUUCAAGCAUCACGUAAAGACCUUGGGCUCAACAGAUGGUGAAGAAUCUGAGGAAGGAGGAGCCAAGAGACCACCUUUAAG